AUGGAAGGCAAGACCGUAGCUGCCAAAUUUAAAUCGCUGCGGAAGAUAUUCAAGGCGAAUUUAAAGAAGUUGAAGCAAUUAAAAAGCGGAGCAGGCUGUGAUGGUUUUACUGUGCCCUGGGCAUAUUUUUCAAGUCUGCAGUUUCUUCAAGAAACGGAAGAAGCAACUGAAAGCUUCUCCAACCUUGAUUCUAUAGUGGCGCCCACAAAAGCAACGGAGGAGGAUGAACUGUCAUUAUGCUUUUCCCAGGAUCCAGCCAUAGCCGAGCUGCUUGAAGAAGUGGGGGAGAGUGAAUACAACUUGGCCAAUUCCCCAGAACCAGUGGAGGUAGUUCUUCCAGAUUCACCUCUCGCCCACACUAACAUGCCUCCACGAAGCGAAUGGACAAGACCAAGCUGUUCUUCUGCAGUCCAGCACAGCUUGCAUCCAAGCUGCACAACUGCCACACAAAUUAACACCCAGCCCAGCUCCUCAACUGGUGCCCCAACCCAGCCGAAAACACCUACUGCUGGUAUAAAAAGGCUUGCCAACACCCCAUUAUAUUCAGGCAAGCCUAAUAAAAAGCAAUCUAAAGCCCCUAAACCUCCCAAUAAUGGGGAGGAUGAGCUGCUGAAGGAGGCCUGCAAGACAUUGUCAGGAAUAAAUUCCUCCUCAUCAAACACCAAUUUUUUACAACCUGGGGAUGAAGCUUUUGGCAGAUAUAUUGUCUCAAAAUUGGGGCAAUUUUCUCAUCCCAGGUUGGGGAAUCGGUGCGAGAAGGAAAUUGUCAACGUCUUGAUGAUGCAUCUGGAAGAGGAUGAUGCUACAUUGUGA